AUGAUAUCUGAUCCGCACAUAGACGAAGAAGCAAUUAGAAAAAAGGUGGAUUCAGAACUGAAAAAGGGCGGGACGUUCGACAAAAUACGGAAGCAAGCCACCGAGCACAUCAGAGAAUCGUCGACUUUGGAACGAAUUGAGGUUUGAGAUGAAGCGCUCUACAUAAUUGAGUGUGGCGAAAAAGUAAAGAGAAAAACCAAAAGGACGUUUGUUUUAUUGCAGAAGGAAAUGUUGGAGAAAGUGGACGAGAUAAUGAAGUCGUGGACGUCGAAUUCGUCGCGCGAAGAGAUGCAGCGAAAGUUACGUGAUGCCCUUGCGAGAAACGACAAGUAAGUACUAUUCGAGUGCGGAAGACGCAUCCUGAUUCUGGUUUCCUUCAGAGUAAUAAAUGACAUCAACCGACAGACGCGCAUAGAGCUUGACAAGAAUUGGGUGAAUCAGAUUCUGGAUGCCGAAAUUGAGAAAAAGGUAAACCGAAUUUUUCAAUUUUCGCAUUCAAUACAUUAAAAAAUUUCAGAUAUCCAAGAUAUUUGAAAAUCAUCAGUAA